CCCGCUGUCCCCGCCCCCUGCCCCGCACGCUACGCGCCGAGCAGAGCGGAAGCGGCAGCCGAGGGAGGCAGGCGGGCGGGGGGUGAGAGGUGAGCGGCGGCCGCCCCGGGAGGAGGAUGGUGGGAGCGGCGGCGCCCUGCGCUCUGGUUGGAAGUGCUUUGGACACAUUAGUUUAAUAUCCGGCUCCUGGGUGAUUUGGAUCCAAGAUCCUAUAAUACAAUGUCAACUGGAAGGGUACGAACAAAAAAAAAGUCAUCCUCAUUGGACCAGUCUCCAGAUAACCUUCCUUUGAGGAGUUCUGGGAGACAGGUGAAGAAGAAGGCGGCUGAAGCGGCAGAGGAUGAUGAUGACGCAUCAGAGAAGAAAUAUAGAAAAUGUGAAAAAGCUGGGUGCACUGCAACAUGUCCUGUUUGCUUUGCAAGUGCUGCUGAAAGGUGUGCUAAAAAUGGCUACACAUCUAGAUGGUAUCAUCUCUCCUGUGGGGAACAUUUCUGCAAUGAGUGUUUUGAUCACUAUUAUCGAAGUCAUAAAGAUGGUUAUGAGAAAUACACUGCUUGGAAAAGGAUUUGGACCAGUAAUGGUAAAAGUGAGCCCAGUCCUAAAGCUUUCAUGGCUGAUCAACAACUUCCUUACUGGGUGCAGUGCACAAAACCAGAGUGUGGGAAAUGGCGUCAGCUGACAAAGGAAAUUCAGCUUACAUCACAAAUAGCAAAAACGUACCGAUGUGGUAUGAAACUGAACAAUUCUACUAAGAUUGAGGGCUCGGACCAGUGUUCCAUGCCUGAGGAUCUGAGAGUUGCUGAAGUUUCAGACCAUUGGUGGUACUCCAUGCUCAUCCUCCCUCCUUUGCUUAAAGACAGUGUGGCAGCUCCUUUGCUGUCUGCAUACUAUCCAGACUGCGUAGGCAUGAGUCCCUCCUGUACCAGCACUAACCGAUUACUUGGUGAAUCCAACGCUGUGAAGUUAGAGCACAUAAAGAGUGCACCUAAUGUAGCUGGGAUGAAUAGAUACUUCCAGCCCUUCUACCAGCCCAAUGAAUGUGGUAAAGCACUCUGUGUGAGACCAGAUGUCAUGGAAUUAGAUGAGCUCUAUGAGUUCCCAGAAUAUUCACGAGAUCCUACCAUGUACCUAGCUUUGAGAAACCUCAUCCUGUCUUUGUGGUACACAAAUUGCAAAGAAGCUCUGACCCCUCACAGAUGUACUCAUCGCAUCAUUGUGCGGGGGCUUGUGCGUAUUCGCUGUGUGCAAGAGAUGGAGAGGAUACUUUAUUUUAUGGCAAGAAAAGGGCUGAUUAAUACAGGGAUUUUGUCAGUCAGUCCUGACCAACAUCUUCUUCCCAAAGAAUACCACAAUAAAUCUGUCAUUAUUGUUGGGGCUGGUCCAGCAGGAUUAGCAGCUGCAAGACAACUGCACAACUUUGGAAUUAAGGUCAUUGUGCUAGAAGCAAAAGACAGAAUUGGCGGGCGUGUGUGGGACGAUAAGACUUUCAAAGGAGUCACUGUAGGAAAAGGAGCACAGAUUGUCAAUGGCUGUGUCAACAACCCGAUAGCACUAAUGUGUGAGCAACUUGGUAUUAAAAUGCACAAACUAGGGGAGAGAUGUGAUUUGAUCCAAGAAGGUGGAAGGAUAACUGAUCCCACUAUAGAUAAGCGCAUGGACUUUCAUUUCAAUGCCAUCCUGGAUGUUGUCUCAGAAUGGAGAAAAGAUAAGACCCAACAACAAGAUGUCCCUCUUGGAGAGAAGAUACAGGAGAUCUAUAAGGCUUUUAUUCAGGAGUCAGGUAUCCAGUUCAGUGAUCUGGAGGAAAAGGUACUACAGUUCCACCUCAGUAACUUGGAGUACGCCUGUGGCAGUGACCUCCAUCAGGUAUCUGCACGCUCAUGGGACCACAAUGAAUUUUUUGCCCAGUUUGCUGGAGAUCACACCCUUUUAACGCCAGGGUAUUCUACCAUCAUAGAUAAACUGGCUGAAGGUGUUGACAUUCGACUUAAGCUUCCGGUACACAGUAUAGACUAUUCUGGGGAAGAAGUCCAGGUCACUACAGCAGAUGGAACUGUGUGGACAGCACAAAAGGUUUUGGUUACUGUGCCACUGGCCCUUCUUCAGAAAAAUGCCAUUCAGUUUAAUCCACCACUGCCAGAAAGAAAAAUGAAAGCCAUUAACAGUUUGGGAGCAGGAGUCAUUGAGAAAGUUGCCUUGCAGUUUCCUUAUAGAUUCUGGGACAGCAAAAUUCAAGGAGCUGAUUUUUUUGGUCACGUUCCACCUAGUUCCAGCAAACGUGGGCUCUUCAGUGUGUUCUAUGACAUGGAUCCACAGGGUAAAUAUAGUGUUCUAAUGUCAGUAGUUACUGGAGAUGCCGUGACAACCAUUAAGAAUUUAGAUGACAAACAAGUACUACAACUGUGCAUGACUGUACUUCGAGAACUGUUUAAGGAGCAGGAAGUUCCAGACCCAGUAAAGUACUUUGUUACACGAUGGAACAAAGAUCCCUGGAUCCAGAUGGCGUAUAGUUUUGUAAAGACAGGUGGCAGUGGUGAGGCUUAUGACGUUAUAGCUGAAGACAUUCAAGGAACAAUUUUCUUUGCUGGCGAGGCCACAAACAGGCACUUUCCACAGACCGUUACAGGAGCCUACUUGAGUGGCGUUCGAGAAGCAAGCAAAAUAGCAGCAUUUUGAAUACUGACAUUUGUGUCUAUAUAUUUUUUAAUUGUUUUCUGUGGGUAAGACUUUCUUCAAUUUCCCCUUUGCUAUCAUUCCCCCAAGUGGUACUUAAAACAGUAUAUGGGUAUCUGAAGAUAAAAUCUUCAUCUUUAACUUUCCUUUCCUUUCAAACCCUGGUGCUACAUGAAGUCAUAGUUUUUCCUAAUGUCAUUUUUCCAACAAAGAUGAUAUUAACAUGUCAGCACUGACAUUGGAGUCUCUUGCUACUGUGGCGCACACAGGUCUACUAACAGAGCCUGCUGUGUGAGGCCUUUUUCUAUAUGGUUCAGCCCACACUAUUGUAGUAAACCACCUGCACUGAAGAAGUUCAGAAUAACAGAGCAAUUGAUUUCUAUACAGGACUAGAGCAUGGUGGAUUAUUUAGUGGUGGAGCUCCUAAAUUCAUUUUGUUCUCAGGUUGAUCAUGAUCAGAGUAGCACUUGAACAAACAAGCCAAAUCAUGGAAUGCCAAUGGAGAUGGUUGUAAGAGAGAACAAAGUCAGUUACAUCUCCCCCACCCUACUCCCAAUAACCUCUUCUGACAUUUUUUCAGUGUAUUUACUGUCCACCAGUCAGGCUUUGGCAUCUCAAAUGUGUUCCUUUUAAAUAAAAACUGCUGGAACAGUUUAUAGUGCAAUCAUCAAAGGGUUAUUGAAGCUAAAGGAUUUUUCAAAAAGAGAAAAGCUUUUAUGUUACAGUAAAAAUGUCUCUGAAAUGUUCUCUGUACUGCAUAUUCAGAGUUGUACAGGAAUAAUCUUUAUGAUAAGAGUAAGUUUAGGUUUGCUCAGUGUUGCUCAUCAUGCAAAUAGAGUAGCGCAAAAAAAUUGUAUGGGUUUAGAUGUUUUUCCUUUGAAAGUGAACUUCCAAAUUCAUUUGAGCUGAGUAGGUGAAUCACUUACACACAUAAUUAUGAGAGCUUAAUUGGGGAUAAAGGGGGAGUGUAAGUUAUUAGUGACUCAUUCAGCUUUUGUAUUUAAAAUAGGUGAAGAUGAAUGAGGUAAAAUAUGCUUUUUAUGAAGCGCUGAAAUAAGGUGGCUUGCACUUUGAUUUAGUUUAUUAUUUGAAGGUAUUAUAAAAAAAUGAUUCUGGAGUAAUUCAGUAAAAGAUAAGUAGCUACUUAAGUUCUUCCCACAGGGGAAGGCAGCAAGAAAUAAAACACACAGCAUCCACACCUGCCUUAACAUCCCAUAGAACAGGGUAAAUGGAAAAUGUUUUAAAUU